AUGGUAUCUCCUGAUGAGGGGUUCAGCUCCGACGAAGAAAUCGAUGCGCCUGCAAAACCUCUUACUAAAAAGGAAAAGCAGGAACUGGAGCGACGUCGUUUGAAGAACAAGAAGAAGAAGCUGUCAAAACGACGGCGUGGGGCAGCGGAAGAUAACGAAGCGGCCAAUGAUGGUGCUGCUCUCAGUUCGGAAGAGAAGCAGGAACCAGAUGCGGAGGCACUAAAUGAAGGAGAAGUAAACGGACCUAAGACACUGGCAGAGACUCUCGAGGUGGAGAUAGACUAUGUUGGGGAGGCACCAAAGUUGGACGAGAAUGAUCCCAAUUAUCAGUACUUCAAUGCAAUUUUCAAUGCUUUCAAGGUAGAGACGUAUAAUGUUACUUUGAUAUUCAAUUGUUGUGCGACUAUUCCUUUAAUGCUCAAGAAAUUGUAUUAUUCUAUCAAGAUUGAACCAAAUCCUGAUGGUGUCGAGGGUGAAGAUGGAGCUGUUUCUUCUGGGAAAGACCACAAAAAAGAUGAGGAGAGCAAUCGUGCUUCUAUAUCGGAGAGGAUUUUACAAGAAGAAAUCAACGAUAGAUUGAAUGAUCCUAAUGAUCCUGAGAAAAUGUCUAGAAGAAAGCUGCGUUUGGCAAUGCAGCCUAGCAUUGCGAAACUGAAGGAGUCUACACGUCGUCCUGAUGUCGUUGAAUGGGCAGACGUUACUUCAAGAGAUCCGUUCAUACUUGUGGCGUUGAAGUCUUAUCGAAAUACCGUACCGGUUCCCCGACAUUGGAACGCCAAACGAAAAUACCUUUCUGGAAAACGUGGAUUUGAGCGUCCUCCUUUCGAACUUCCUGACUUCAUCAAACGUACCGGUAUCCAGGAUAUGCGCGAGGCUUUAUGGGAGAAGGAAGAGAAUCAGAAUCUCAAGUCGAAGAUGCGAGAGCGCGCUCGUCCGAAGUUAGGGAAAAUUGACAUUGAUUACCAGAAGUUACAUGAUGCCUUCUUCAAAUGGCAAACAAAACCGCCAAUGACUUCAAUGGGGGAACUUUAUUAUGAAGGAAAGGAGGUGGAGACAUUGAUGAAGGACAAAAAGCCUGGAAAUCUUUCUGAUGAGCUCAGAAUCGCUCUUGGAAUGCCAGUCGGACCGAACGCUCACAAAUUUCCUCCGCCAUGGCUUAUUGCGAUGCAACGUUAUGGUCCACCUCCGAGUUAUCCAAACAUUCGUAUUGCUGGAUUGAAUGCUCCCAUUCCUGAAGGAUGUGCAUUUGGAUAUCAUGCGGGAGGAUGGGGAAAACCGCCAGUCGAUGAUUACGGCAAGCCAUUGUAUGGUGAUGUCUUCGGACAAGAGCCCGCAAGUCAAGUAGAGCCCGAAGAUGAAACACGCAUCGAACGUCGAUAUUGGGGAGAAAUUGGCUCAGACGAUGAUUCCGACGAAGAAAGUGAGGCCGAAGAAGAAGAAGAUGCUGAUAUAGAUGGUAUCGCGACACCCAUGACCGAAGGAAUGGCAACUCCGAGUGGCAUCACGACGGGUGUCACGGGAUUGGAAACGCCAGACACUAUCGAGUUGCGAAAAGGAAGACGUGUUGAUGAGAGUUUGGCUGGAGCAGACACUCCUGCAGCGGCUUAUCACAUAAUUCCUGAAAAGCGGGUUGACCGUGUUGGAGGCCAAAUGAUGGCGUCAACACAUGUCUAUGACUUAUCGAAGAAAGUUGGUGUUUCUGAUGGCGGUGUAGAGGUGUCCCUCGACCCUGAUGCAAUCGAUUUAGAUCAGGGAAAGCUGCAGGAGAAAUAUGACGAGCAACUAAGGAAGCAGACCAGAGGUGACGACCGCGAAGACUUGUCGGAUAUGGUUGCGGAACAUGCGGCUGGGCAGAAUAAAGAGAAAAGCCCAGGAACAGAAGAAGCAAACGCACCAGAGUAA